UCGGAUGCUUUUUCCCCCUGUGGGUUCCGCUGGUUGCGCAGAUACAGUGGUUUGUCCCUAGACUACGCUGCGCUUCUCCGACUUUGCUGCUGAUGCACGGAGUCUCCUGGGUCCCUGUCAACUACACUGCUGACCAGACCACCCACCUGUGCGGCGCCUUCCUGUGGGCCUUUCCCCUCUUCUGUAGGACCCCGUGACGUGGGUUCAGUCCAGCCAGAGAAGAAAGCCCUCUCAUGCUAGUGUUGCAGACCCCGGAGGGUCCCGCGUGGGUGCUGAGAUGGCCAAUGAGAAUCACGGCAGCCCCCGGGAGGAAGCAUCCCUUCUAAGUCAUUCUCCAGGCACCUCCAAUCAGAGCCAGCCCUGUUCUCCAAAGCCAGUUCGCCUGGUACAGGACCUCCCAGAGGAGCUGGUACAUGCAGGCUGGGAGAAGUGCUGGAGCCGGAGGGAGAGCCGUCCCUACUACUUCAACCGGUUCACCAAUCAGUCCCUAUGGGAGAUGCCCGUGCUAGGCCAGCACGAUGUGCUUUCGGACCCUUUGGGGCUGAAUGCAACCCCACUGCCCCAAGACUCAAAUUUGGUAGAGACUCCCCCAGUGGAAAGCAAAUCCAGAAAGCGGCAGCUCUCAGAAGAGCAGCCAAGUGGCAAUGGUGUCAAGAAGCCCAAGAUUGAAAUACCUGUGACGCCCACAAGCCAGUCGGUGCCCAGUUCCCCCAGCAUCCCGGGAACCCCAACACUAAAGAUUUGGGGUGCUUCCACUGAAGAUAAACAGCAGGCAGCUCUUCUCCGACCCACUGAGGUGUACUGGGACCUGGACAUUCAGACCAAUGCUGUCAUCAAGCACAGGGGUCCUUCAGAGGUCCUGCCCCCACACCCUGAGGUGGAGCUGCUCCGCUCUCAGCUCAUCCUGAAGCUCCGCCAGCACUACCGGGAGCUGUGCCAACAGCGGGAGGGCAUAGAGCCACCCCGGGAAUCCUUCAACCGUUGGAUGCUAGAGCGCAAAGUGGUGGACAAAGGAUCUGAUCCCCUGUUGCCAAGCAACUGCGAACCAGUUGUGUCACCGUCUAUGUUUCGUGAAAUUAUGAAUGACAUUCCCAUCAGGUUAUCCAGAAUCAAGUUCCGGGAGGAAGCCAAACGCCUGCUCUUCAAAUAUGCAGAAGCAGCCAGGCGGCUGAUUGAGUCCAGGAGUGCAUCCCCUGACAGCAGAAAAGUGGUCAAGUGGAAUGUGGAAGAUACCUUCAGCUGGCUUCGGAAGGACCACUCGGCCUCCAAGGAGGACUACAUGGACCGCCUGGAGCACCUUCGGAGGCAGUGUGGGCCCCAUGUCUCCGCUGCAGCCAAGGACUCUGUGGAAGGCAUCUGUAGCAAGAUCUACCACAUCUCCCUGGAGUAUGUUAAACGGAUCCGAGAGAAGCACCUUGCCAUCCUCAAGGAAAACAACAUCCCAGAGGAGGCGGAGGCCUCAGAGCUGGAGCCCCGUCUGGUGUACUGCUACCCAGUGCGUCUGGCCGUGUCUGCACCCCCUAUGCCUACUGUGGAGAUGCACAUGGAGAACAGUGUAGUCUGCAUCCGGUAUAAGGGAGAGAUGGUCAAGGUCAGCCGCAACUACUUCAGCAAACUGUGGCUCCUCUACCGCUAUAGCUGUGUGGAUGACUCUGCCUUUGACAAGUUCCUGCCUCGAGUCUGGUGUCUGCUCCGUCGGUAUCAGAUGAUGUUCGGCGUGGGCCUCUAUGAGGGGACUGGCCUGCAGGGGUCACUGCCUGUGCACGUCUUUGAGGCCCUCCACCGACUCUUUGGCGUCAGUUUCGAGUGCUUCGCCUCACCCCUCAACUGCUACUUCCGCCAGUACUGUUCUGCCUUCCCUGACACAGAUGGCUACUUUGGCUCCCGCGGGCCCUGCCUGGACUUCACCCCGCUGAGUGGUUCCUUUGAGGCCAACCCUCCGUUCUGCGAGGAGCUCAUGGAUGCUAUGGUCUCUCACUUCGAGAAACUGCUAGAGAGCUCACCAGAGCCCCUGUCCUUCAUUGUGUUUAUCCCUGAGUGGCGGGAGCCCCCGACACCAGCGCUCACCCGAAUGGAACAGAGUCGCUUCAAACGCCACCAGCUGGUCUUGCCUGCCUUUGAGCACGAGUACCGCAGUGGCUCCCAGCACAUCUGCAAGAAGGAGGAAAUGCACUACAAGGCCGUCCACAACACGGCCGUGCUCUUCUUGCAGAAUGACCCCGGCUUCGCCAAGUGGGGGCCAACACCGGAGCGGCUGCAGGAGCUCACCGCUGCCUACAAGCAGUCGGGCCGCAGCCAUGGCUCCAGCUCUUCCUCCUCCUCCUCCUCAGAGGCCAAGGACCGGGACUCCGGCCGGGAACAGGGCCCUAGUCGAGAGUCUCACCCCACUUAACAUUUCCUGCGGGGAGAAGGAGCCCCAGGGGUGCUGUUAUAGACUGCUGGGACUCAGUCCUCAGGGCUGAGCAGACCCCAGGGGCCCCACCCUGGGGUGGCAGCAGGACUUGAGCUGCCAGGAACAUAGGAAUAUUAUGGCUCUGCCAGGGCUCCCCCUCCCUGCUCCCACUUCUUCAGAUUCACCAAAUCCCUUGUAAAUAGUCCUAUGCCUUCCCAGCCCCACACUGACCCUGUUGCUGCCUUGUUUCAUUUGUAAAAGGAAAUACAGAAACUUCCCAAGAGUG